UCCCAAUCUCGAGUCGUGGCAACAAGUGUCCUCCGAGGAUGUGCGUAAGAAACUAUUCACCAGUCAGUGUGAUACUCGGUUACUGUGUUGCUCUGCUUGGAGUUUCUGUGGCAGUGGUGCAGUGCCAAAACGAAAAUUCCUCAAUGGUGGCCAUUCAGAAUGAAGUGGCAAUCGAGGAGCAGUGCGGCAACACUCAGCGAAUGGUGGACGAGUGCUUCAAGGAUCUGCCACCGCACCUAAUGGAAUUCCUGCAGAACACCAAAAUUGUCAUCAGUAAAAAGGAGAUCACCACCAAGUGCAACAUAUUCAACCGGGGCAUGAAAUGCUUCGACUCCUACAUGAAGCGUUGCCUAAAAGAUCGAAAAAAAGACUCGUUCGAGGCGAAUGUGGAAGGAGCCAAGCGAUUUUUCAACAAAUUCUGCUCCGACCCUGAUUUUCAGAGGGACUAUCUGCGGCACAAGGACUGCUUCUCCUACAUCCAGCUGGACUGGGUCAGUUGCACCUCCGAGUUCGAGACCAUCCUGAGCGACGAGGUGCACGAUGAGACGAGAAACGCCAGCGUCAAGUUCCUUGAAUUCUGCUGUGCCCGAUACGCGUACGAAAAUUGCAUCUACAACAGUGCCCGGUACAAGUGCUAUAAAAACUCGGCGGAGUUUGCCCGCGAGACGGCCAAAAUGCUUUCGGACGAGAAGCAUUUCAGGAACUGCGCCGUCCUCCAGCACAUCUGCGCCCACGCUCCACCCGGUGGCGGAAGACUCCGGGGGCAGUGGCUCGGCCUCCAGCUUGUCCUCCUCCUCCUGAUCUCUCUGAUGCGGAUUUGGCCGUAA